CAAAACUCGGUUUCAGAUCUCCCAUUUGAGUGUCACACCUUGCUUUGGCUUCUCUGACUCGCAUCUCUCAACGCUUCCCUGUUGCGAUCUUCAGCAAACUGUAGUUAACAGUGAGUGCUUAUAACAGUUACACGGUUUUAUUGUAUUUCUAGAAAGUAUACACUUUGUUAAAGAUAUUAUUUGAUAUUCGUUUUUUUAUCCAUCAUGUCAAAUAGUAAGAGAAGAAAAUUAGGUGAUGAAAACAGAACAUUUAAUGUAGAAUGGGAGUUAGAUUUUUUCUUUACUGCUGAGAAAGAUAAAAUGAUGUGUUUGUUGUGCAAUACAGUUUUAAAUACUUUAAAAAAAGCGAAUGCAAAUAAACACUAUUUGACUCAUAAAGAACAUAAAUAUUUCGCUUUAGAAGGUGAAUCACGAAAAGCUGCACUUCAAAAGUUGAAAAAUGAGAAGCAUCAUCAGCAGGCAUCUUUUAGUGCCUUUGUAAAUCAAAAUUCCGCUGCAGUUGCUGUUACGUAUAAAAUAGCACAUAUACUUGGAAAAAGGGGCAAACCAUUUAGUGACAUUGAAAUAAUUAAAGAAUGUAUUGUUGAAGCAGUGAGUAUGUUAGAUCCAAGAAAUGUCGACAAAUACAAACAAUUACCUCUUUCAAGAAGAACUGUAACAGAUCGACAGCACGAAUUAGCGCAAAAUGUAACAGAGCAACUUCAUACAAUUAUACAAAAUGAAGAUGUUUAUUUUUCAAUUGCUUUAGAUGAAAGCACUGAUAAAACAGAUUCGGCACAAGUUUUAUAUUUUAUUCGUGCUAUAACUAAAGAUUUUCAAUGUUACGAAGAACUACUUGCGUUGGGUACACUAACUGGAAGAACUCGAGGAGCCGAUAUUUUCGAAAACUUCAAAGAAGUAUGUAAUAAAUUACAAUUGAAUGUCAGUAAUUUAGUCAGUGUCUGCACCGAUGGCGCACCUUCCAUGAGAGGCAAAAAAGAAGGAUUCGUUGCUUUGUUAAAAAAGGAAAACUUAAACUUGAAAAAAUUGAUAUCAUUUCACUGCAUUUUGCAUCAGCAAAAUCUUUGCGCAAAAUCUACCAUUUUGCAAGACACUCUGGAUAGAACCAUUGCCAUUGUCAACUAUAUUCGCGUAAAUGCAAUGCGUCAUCGUGAAUUUCGGCAGAUGCUCUCUUUAGAUGAGGAAACGUAUAGUGUUGACCUACCAUACUACUGCAAGGUUCGCUGGCUAUCAACAGGUCAGGUUUUGAUAAAAGUUUUGUCUUUACGACGACAAAUUUUAAACUUUUAUCAAGAACAAGGAAAACAAUGUGAUCUAUCAGAUGAAGUAUUUCUCAGAAACCUUGCAUUUUUGUCUGAUAUGAUGACAAAACAAAACAAUUUAAAUAUUUGCCUGCAAGGUGAAACGAGGUAUAUUUAUGAAAUGUGGCAAAAGAUCCAAGCGUUUAGAAAAAAAUUAUCAUUUUUCAAAACAUUGCUUUGUCGAUCGGAAAUAUCUGCACAACACUUCCCGGAGCUAGCUAAAAUGUUAAAUGAGCAGAACUGUGAAAAUAAAAUAUUCGAUGAAUAUGUAGGUGUCUUGGAUUGUUUAAUAGAAGAGUAUACUAAUAGAUUUUCUGAUUUUGACGAGCACACUCCUGCUAUGAAACUGGCAUUUGAACCACAUUUAAUAGAUAUAUCCGAGGCUCCUGCAGAACUACAAAUGGAGUUAAUUGAUUUAGGGGAAGAUAGUAUCAUCAAAUCCCUUUUUAACGCUAAAAAGGAUCCCAUAGAAAUCUGGAAAAAUGCUGUUGAAUAUCCAUGCCUUCGAGAACAUGCUCGCCGUUUACUUUCCUGCUUCGGAAGUACCUACUGUUGCGAGACAACAUUUUCUCUCAUGUCAAAAAUAAAAACAAAUUUAAGAACGCAAAUUACAGAUGCACAUUUAGAGGAUCAAUUAAAGCUGUGUGUUACGAAGCUUGAUCCAAAUAUACAAUUACUGUCAAACAAAAAACAAAGCCAAAUAAGUCACUAACUUAGUGAAUAAAAAAAUAUUUUUUAUUGUAUUUUUUUAUAAUAUUUUUAUAUUAUUUUAUAUGUAUAUUAUAUUUAAAAUUUUGUAGUAUUAUAUUUUAUUUUUUCUAUAUAAUGCAAUAAAUUGUUAAAUCUAUAGAAAAACUAUAAUAAUUUCACAAAAGUCACUUUCUUAGGUCAAUCAGCUUAUGCGGCCUGUCUUAU